CAUGAGACUGGUAGCUGUUUUCCGGCGACUGGGCACGUGACCGGUUGUUGACAGCUGCGGCGACUCCAAGAUGGCCAGGAAUGAGGAGAAACAGCUAGGGAAACUAAACCGGCUGUGGCUUCAGAGGCAGCGAGACGAGGGUCGCUUAAAGGACAUAGGUGAAUCAAGACCCAGACUGUCUUCCUUGAAUUCACCUGCAGCCGUGAAGAAAUGGAUUCCAAGCAUCACAAAUGAAAUAGAAUAUUAUUUGCAGCAGUCCCAGCUCUCUCACUACCCUGAGAGGAAGAUUGCAGAGUUUCAGCAGCAGAUAGAGGGGCUGCGGAAGGAAUAUAAGAGUUACCUCCACAAGCUCCGGGUCCUAGAUCCGUCCUGCAAACACCAGCCCUGGAAUCCCCGAGGCUACACUAAAAGGAAACGGCCACAGGAUGGGGUACCAUGUCCUAGCCAAGCAGAGUCUGGGGGCUUUAAAAGGUUAUGUACUCCUGUGCUGUCAGAACCAGGAUCCCAGAGUGAUGAGUCAGACAGUGAUGAUGAAGAGGAGAGCAAGGUGACACAAGCUCCAGAGAAAGAGAAGAGUUGUACUCUUGUACUCACUUCCCCUGUGGCAGACCUACCCAGCCAAGACCAGCCUCUCUGCUUCAACCACAGCAAGAUGGCUGUGAAGGUUUCUGGGCAACGUGCCACACUAGAUGAUCAGAACUUAGACAGUCUGGCAAGGGUUCUGUUUACAGGGCUUCCGAACCUUCAAAGCUGCUCCAUGGCCCAGAAUUCUGCAGCCCAGAACUGUCUUCCCAAAAAUUCAGAGGCAUUGGAGCUCAGUACGUCCCACCUGCCUGCCGAACACAAGCCACAUGUUCUGGGUCUUGACUGCUACUCCUCCUCAGAAGAGGACACAUAGGGUAUUACUGGAACACAGAAGGGAGUUCAGCUGAUGGCACCACACAAAAGUGACCUCGUUGUUGGAAAUAUCCGACAGGUUGGGGAAGUAGCAGAGAAAUCUGUUCAUAUUUGUCUCAUGUGACACUGGUAGGGGAGUAUUUCUCCAUAAGGAGUUAUUCACAAGCUCUGUAUUUCUGCCUUCAUAGAGUAAACUGUUUCUCUUUUGGCUUUUAAACUAAAAAUGUGAUCCAGCUAUACAGAAAAGCAGGUAAUUUAAGUAGUUUAAAAUUACCCAUCAGGACUUCUUUAAGGCUUCACUGAAAAUUAGCUGGUGUAAAUUUAACUGGCAAAUUAUAGACUUAAGAAAGUUACUUUUAGACUUCUUCCAGACUUCAAAGUUUCUGUAAUGGAUUAGGAAAUGUAAAAUUAAGGCAGGAUUUAAAAUAGAUAAUUUUGGAAUAUUUGUACUAUGAGAAUUUUCAUUGAAUUGUUUAAAACUGAAUAUAAAAACAUUUUGUAAAUAAUAACGUGUAUUAUGUUUCAUACUCUUAUCUCAUUCAAGUGUUUAUGAGUUGUUUAUGUCAGUUAUUGUUAGUAACUUUAAUAAAAACUUUAUUUUUG